CCCGACUACCCGAGUGAGAAGCCAGUGUGAUUACCACCGGCACCGAGCGGGGGGACGGCUAUGGCGUGCUACGCCGCGCUCGCGCUCCUGCACCCGCCGCUCGAUUCCUCGCUCUCCCCGUGCUCCUCCUCACGGCGCGCCGGCGCCACGCGAGCCCCGCCGCGCCUCCAGCGCGUAGCAGCCCCCUCGUUGCUCGCCUCCGCCCGAGCUCUCGCCCGUGUCAGGAUCUCCCCCCGCUGCGCCGCCUCCGCCGGCCCCCCUGGAGAGACGCCCGCGGCAGCGCUCCGGCGGGUGCUGGAGACACCGGGCGCGCACCAGGCGCCCGCCUGCUACGACGCGCUCAGCGCACGCCUCGUCGAGCGCGCCGGGUUCAGGGCCUGCUUCACGAGCGGUUUCUCAAUAUCCGCUGCACGGCUUGGAUUGCCAGAUGUUGGUCUUAUCUCCUACGGGGAAAUGAUUGAUCAAGGACGUCUUAUCACUGAAGCGGUAUCAAUCCCUGUGAUUGGUGAUGCUGAUAAUGGUUACGGAAAUUCUAUGAAUGUCAAGAGAACAGUAAAAGGGUUUAUUAAUGCUGGUUUCGCUGGAAUGAUUCUUGAAGAUCAGGUGUCGCCAAAAGCAUGUGGCCAUACACAAGGAAGGAAGGUUGUCUCAAGGGAGGAAGCAAUUAUGCACAUAAAAGCUGCUGUAGAUGCCAGGAAUGAGAGUGGCUCUGAUAUUGUUAUUGUGGCAAGGACAGAUUCUCGUCAAGCUUUGUCUCUUGAUGAAGCAUUAUGGAGAGUACGAGCCUUUGCUGAUGCUGGAGCAGAUGUUCUAUUCAUUGAUGCCCUUGCCUCAAGAGAAGAGAUGAAGGCAUUUUGUGCUAUUGCACCUGGAGUUCCAAAAAUGGCCAACAUGUUAGAAGGCGGUGGUAAAACUCCUAUACUGAGCCCUGUUGAACUUGAAGAGAUAGGUUAUAAAAUCAUAGCCUACCCCUUAUCUCUAAUCGGUGUAUCGAUGCGUGCAAUGGAGGAUGCUCUUAUUGCUAUAAAGGGUGGUCGCAUACCUCCUCCAAGCAGCUUGCCAUCAUUUGAGGAGAUCAAGGAUACCCUUGGGUUUGAUCACUAUUAUGAAGAAGAAGAAAAAUAUGUUGUGACACCAGCCCAAUCAUCGUACAGGACUGCCUAUGGUGAUUAUACAAGUGAACCAAGCAGUUCAAGAGAUUCCAGUUCCACGACUGAAAAACCACAAGAACCUGUUAUUGACAUAUUGCCUCAGCUCUAUGAUAUUGGUUCCAGUAGCAGCAGAGGACCUUCAACUGGAAUGUGGUCUCGUACUCUUCGACUAAAGAUUACAGGAAGAGAUGGAGUCCAGAAAAUUGAUGCCAGGAUACCUGCCGGGUUCUUAGAAGGGAUGACAAGAAUUAUUCCAGGCUUGGCUGGAGCUGAUAUAAUGGAAAGGCUUCGGAAUGCACCUAUUGAUGCAGACAAUCCCCAGAAUGGUCAGAUACUGCUUGAUUUUGAGGAUGCCAUGGGAGAUAGGAUCCAGGUUUUCAUUGCUUGAACGUGCGUAUGCUAUCUAUGCUGGCACACUGCCAAACUCCGAAAGUAUGGACGUUUCAAGUAGCAUCGGGGUCCUGGCAUCUUGUUCAUUGUGUUAGACAGUGAGCCGGAGUAAUCCAACUAGUAGUUUAAGCAGGUGAUUUAGACAUUGGUUAUGUUGCGAUGAACUAUUUAUACCUGACUAGGCCUUUCCUGCCUGCAUCCAGUUGGUCAAGCAAAGAUGUUAGCCAGCUGCAUACUGCAGGAUGAGUUUCUCUGCAUCCUUGUUUCUGUGAUAGAAACCCUUAAGUUGAUUUCGAAUAAAUGAGUAACUCUUGAUGAGUUAUGGAUUAACA